AUGGACCACACACCGAUUGCCCGCUUGAGUAUGGAGCCUCUAAACAGAGGGCAUCGCUAUGGUCCAUCGAACGACCGAAUCCUGCCAAAAGAAGAUGAUUACUGGUUUCCCAUGCAUUGCAAGUGCUGUCCGCUGUGGCAAGAUCAUCGACACUCACAUACAGGAAACCAGCGCAGGAAUCGUUAUCCUCCGUCUCGACAGUCCAGUUGGGUGAUGGCUGGAGAUGGCUCGUCCACCCCAUACCGUACUUCCUCUCAACAAAGUACUCGUUCCCCGUACCAUAAUUCUCCCACAUAUCGCAGCAACGGACAUGCCAGUUAUGUUGACCAGAUUGGAGACCGACUGAGGAGUCUAUCGCCUUCUCGCCAUCACGAUGAGAUCGAAGAAAGAACACCUCCAGGACACAAUGCCCAACUACUGGUGCCACCCAACUUGGACGUUCUGCAUCAAGCACGGGCAAGCAGCAAUACUAUGGACUUCAAGGCCGCAGCUGGAAGGCUGUACUCUACACUCUGUAGAGCUGAGAAGUUCUUCGACGUCUUCUUACGAUCCUUCAAGGAUGAGAUUUCUCAGCAAUACAUAAGUUACAGCAAGGAGAGACUCUGGCGAGAUAAGGUGAUACAAUAUAACCAAGACUUGCUAUUACCUAAUAUCACAGGUUCCGAAGACACCAAUAACGACUGUACCCAUGACGAUCCAACAAAGCGUCCACAGGAGAAUGAGAGCUUCAAAGAGCUACAACUUCAGCUAAGUCAGCAGAUUGUUGCCUUAUGUAUGUCGAGGAUUGUGCCUCCGAAGCAAAUGCCAGAACACCAGACGGCAGAAGCCAACCAACAAUCCUCCACGACCGACUUAGACUUGCAGUUCUCGAGUGAUGAGGCUGUAAGGCUGCAGGUGGCCUACGACAUGGCAAAACCGUUAUUGCAACACGUUCAGACGGUACAUUCAAAGCUGGUAGCAAAUCUCUCGCGAAUGCACACCGACUGGCGCGCUGCAUGCGAGACAUUGGUCAUGAUAAAACGACUGAGAGGUCUCAUGCAAGAGUAUCGAAGAGCUUGGAAACCUUUGAGCAAUCGGGAAUCUGACGAGCGGUAUUGA